AUCAUCCUUAAUCAAGAACACAAACAUAUGUUGAGUUUUGCUCCAAACUACGGCAAUCUACCGCUCAUAGCAAAGAUUGAAGUAUUUGAGUACGCUCUAGAAAACACAGAGGGAAAUGAUCUGUCCAGGGUUAUGUGGUUAAAAAGUCGCUCGUCAGAGGUAUGGCUGGAGAGAAGAACCAACGAUACUAGAAGUUUAGCCGUUAUGAGUAUGGUUGGUUAUAUUUUUGGGUUAGGUGAUCGACAACCAAGUAACCUUAUGCUAGAUAGAUACAGUGGGAAAAUCUUGCAUAUUGAUUUCGGAGAUUGUUUUGAGGCGUCUAUGAAUAGAGAGAAGUUUCCUGAAAAGGUUCCAUUCCGUCUGACAAGAAUGCUUGUCAAAGCAAUGGAAGUAAGUGGCAUCAAAGGAAAUUUCCGGUCGACAUGCCAAAAUGUUAUACAAGUUCUCAGAACCAACAAAGACAGUGUAAUGGCGAUGAUGGAGGCGUUUGUGCAUGAUCCUUUAAUCAAUUGGCGUCUUUUUAAUUUCAAUGAAGUCCCUCAACUAGCCCUACUCGGUAACAACAAUCCCAAUGGUUCUGCUAAUGUUGAACCUGAGGAAGUAGAUGAAGAUCCCGCUGAUGUAGACCUUCCUCAGCCUUAAAGGAGUACUCGAGAGAAGGAAAUUCUUCAGGUUUCUUUUUAAUUCUUUUGUUGAUGAUUUGAUUCUUGGAUUGUAUUUCAGGCUGUGAAUAUGCUUGGAGAUGCAAACGAGGUAUUGAACGAACGUGCAGUAGUUGUAAUGGCUCGUAUGAGUCAUAAGCUUACGGGCCGUGAUUUCUCUACGUCUGCGGUUCCAAGCAAUCCCACUGCUGAUCACAAUAACUUGCUCGGAGGAGAUUCUCAUGAAGUCGAACAUGGUUUGUCUGUGAAAGUUCAGGUUCAAAAGCUAAUCGAUCAAGCUACUUCCCAUGAAAAUAUCUGUCAAAAUUAUGUCGGGUGGUGCCCUUUCUGGUCGAUUUGGAGUUUCGUUAUCGUUUAUAAUAGGGCUUUGGAAACUUGUUGCUGCCGGCUUAGUUCCCGGUGAUAUCCUAUAGUACCGUCGGCUUUUGUAUCUUUGUCAUGUGUUUCAGUCAAAAUAUUCUGAAAUGAAAAAAAUAAAAAUAAUAAUAGUGUGUUAGAAUUCCUAGUCAUAUGUACAUAUGUUCAGUCAAAGUGGAAAAGUUGUUUCGACAACAAUCAACACGCCAUAUAUUUUUCAAAAUUUUGGUGUGAACAGAAUCAAGCAUAAAAGUAAGUUAAAUUAUUUCAAAGCUCUCAUUGAUCUAAAGGACGUAAAAGUAAGCAGUUUCCUUAUAUAUGUAAACAGUUUCUCUUUGUGUAGAUUGAUGUUUCUCUUUCUGUCCUAUGGAAGCGCAUAGGUCCUGCAAUGUUAAUUGCUGUGCAUAAUGGAAAAUCUUUUUUACAAACAAUCAACCACUAUUAAAAUCUUUUUUUACAAACAAUCAAUCUUUUUUAACCGAACCAAAAACCAAAAAUGUCGGUUCGGUUCGGUUCGGUUCGGUUGGUUCGGUUCGGGGCAAAGUCGCAGGGCUAGUUACCUCAGAAAACUCACGGCUAAACAAAAAAUGCACGAUUUAACUAAGUUAAAAUCACGAUUUAAAAUAGACACGAUCUAGUUAGAAAAUAACACAUGGGUACAUUACGCACAGUUUAAUCACGAAAUAACAGUGGAUAUUAAUCUAACCACGACUUUCCCAUGUUAUUUCCGUGGCUAUAGCUUUUACCCGGAGGCACGAAUCUGAAGAAAUAUAGAAAAUACUUAAAUUUAUAAAACAUAAAAUAAUAGUUUAGAUAUGUAUAUUUUUAUGUUUAAUAUAAUAUAGAAAACAUUUCACUUUAGUUUUUAUUUUUAUUUGACAUAAAAAUAUCAAAAAAUAAUUUAGAAUAUUUAUAAUUUUUGUAACAAGUUAAGAGUUAUGACAUCUAAAAUAAUUCAAGACAUAAAAUUUAUAAAUAUUUAAAUAUCUAAUGUGAAUAAUAAAUUAAACUUCAUAUCUAAAAUAAAACAAGAGCAAAACAUAUAUUAUACUAAAUUAUCGAUAUCAAAAAUAAAUUAACACCAAAUCAUAUCAAUUAAUUUUGGUUUUCUCUACCAUCAUUCACCUUAUUUUCUUUAGGUGGCAUACUGAAAUCUUCAUCAAAACCUAUGAAUCACAAAUAUACAACUGAAAAAUGAAAAUCUAACUUCUUAAUUGGAAAUUUAGAAUAUAAAAAACAAUCUAAAAACAUAAUUAAAAACUUAAAAAGGUAAAAAAUAUCCAUUAGUUCAACUGGUGGUUCAACCGGUAUCGGAUUUCUGGUUUUAGUAGGUCUUCACAGGUUUUUGGGUUUUUAAAUAUUGGGUUUUUUUUAAAAAAAACCUGAUUUUUUUGGGACACCGGUUUACCGGUUCAACAGCAGAUCCGGAUCGGGUUUCAAAACACUGAUUAUAUAUAAUAGAAUUAAUUUAUUUAUUAACUCACGGUUCAUCUGCGAUUGAUCCACUAACUCCAUAAAUCAUCCGGUUCAGUGUUCGGAUCGGGUUUAAAAACAUUGGCUACUACUUUAUGAUAAAAUCAGGUGGUUGAGAGUGUCAAAAAGAGAGAAAUUUUGAAAACGAAAUCCCAAGAAAAGAAAACCCAAAUGGUUGGGAAACUGCCUAGGAGUAAAUGAUUAAGAGAGUUUUCGUGUAUACCGUAUUAAAUUUAUAUAAGUGAAAAACAUUAAAUUUUCUGAGUUUGUGAUUUUUGUGCAAAUAUAAUUCUCGUCAAAUCUGCAACUCUCGUCAAAGAUUAUCAUUGAAACAAUGGUAUUAAAUGUAUCAAUGGAACUUUAUAAUUAUUUGCACCAAAUAUCUGACUAUUCGUUGAGAGUGAGUUACAAAACAUUCCUUAAAUGAACAAAAGGUUAAUAAUGGGUGAAUUUGCUGAAUAUUUAUAAGAGGCAAAAAAAAAAAUGAAAAAUAUAGCCAUUAUACAAUAAUUCAAGAUGGAUGGGACAAUUUGUACAAAACAUGACCAAAAUCUUCUUUAAGGCGCGUGCGCUUGAUGUUGAAAUGCAUAAGAUAAAAUUAUCAUAGUAUACUACACACUAUUUAGUAUAGGCACACGAAUCAUUUCACUCUAAUUAUACUAUAUUUGAUUUAGAAUAGUAUGGCAAUUGAUGUUGGUUACCAACAUAAUAAAAUACAACCAAAUAAACCUUAAACCCGCUACCUAAACCCAAACUCUAAACACUAAACUCUAAACCCAAACGAUAGACCCUUAAACCCUAAACCCAAACCGUAUACCCUAAACCCAAACCCUAACCCAAAUUCUUAACCCAACCGUAAACCAUACCGGAUCUACCUAAACCAUAAACCAUAAACCAUAAACCCAAACCCUAAACACAAAUUCUUAACCCAAACCAUAGACCCAAACGGAGCUACCUAAACCCUAAACACCUCUAAACCCAAACCGUAAACCUUUAACCCAAACCCUAAACCCAAAUUGUAAAACCAAACCAUCGCCCAUAACAAAGCUACCUAAACCCUAACCUUGAAGGUCUAAACCCUAAACCCAAACUGUAGACCCUAAACCCAAACCCUAAACAAAAACCUCCCUAAACCCAAACUCUAAACCCUAAA